AUGUCCUACCGGGAUUACUGUGACAUCUCACAUCCCGCGGAACCCGUGCCCUUCCACACGCGACCCUUCUCGCACUACGGCCAGGUCCUGUGCGUGGCCUUCCCGCAGCCCUGCCGCGCUGCCGAGCGCUUCCAGGUGCUGCUCACCUACCGCGUCGGGGAGGGACCCGGGGUUUGUUGGUUGGCUCCCGAGCAGACAGCAGGAAAGAAGAAGCCCUUUGUCUACACCCAGGGUCAGGCUGUCCUAAACCGGGCCUUCUUCCCUUGCUUCGACACUCCUGCAGUGAAAUGCACGUAUUCGGCUCUUAUUGAGGUUCCAGAUGGCUUCACAGCUGUGAUGAGUGCUAGCACCUGGGAGAAGAGAGGUCCAAAUAAGUUCUUCUUCAAGAUGUGUCAGCCCAUCCCCUCCUACCUGAUAGCUCUGGCCAUUGGAGAUCUGGUUUCAGCCGAAGUUGGACCCAG